AUGAGGACCGGUGCUAUUGAUGAUACUGAUGUGCAUUUGAUAAAGGAAGACGUUAUUAUGGAAGAUUUCUUGAGGAAGGUCCACAGUAUUGGUAUGGCUGAGGUGAAACUGCCACUUGACAUAUGGGAUAAAGUGAUUCCUGAAAAUGAGGAUAAUGUGGAGGAAUUUAUAUCAGUCUUAGACUCCAUUGACCUUAUUCAGGAGGAUAAUAAUAGUGUUGGAGCAAAUACAAUUGCAAAAUCCUGGAAAAAUUUGCUACGGGAAAAUCAAGAAAAUUCUCCAGACGAUGAAAAUCUACAGCAGCAGACCGAAGCAGAUAAUACUACCCUGCUUUCAUUGUUACAAAAAGUUCCGGGAUGUGCUAAUGCCACAGAAGAUGACAUAAAUGAAUGGAUUGUCCAAGAUGAAGAAUUUGAAGACAUUGAGAGUUUGCUGAAUGACAGUAAUGAAGAGUGGAAUGUAGAUGAAUAUGAUGGUGAGAGUGAGUGGUCAGGAAGUAGUGAUGAUGAAAUAGAUGAUGAAGGGGAAAAUGAAGAAGACAAUGAGGAAGAAAAUGAAGAAAAUGUUGUUGAAGAAAAUUUAGAGGAUGGUGGUGAUUUGGAUGAUGGCGGUGGUGUGGACAGAUAUUACAGGAAAAGGGGAGCUUCCUGA